GUCAGAGUCUGCAGACAUACUACAGGAGAUGGUCAGAGACUGCAGAUAUACUACAGGAGAUGGUCAGAGACUGCAGAAAUACCACAGGAGAUGGUCAGAGACUGCAGACAUACUACAGGAGAUGAUCAGAGACUGCAGACAUAUUACAGGAGAGAAUCAGAGGCUGCAGACAUACUACAGAAGAUGGUCAGAGACUGCAGACAUAGUACAGGACAUGGUCAGACACUACAGACAUACUACAGGAGAUGGUCAGAGACUGCAGACAUACUACAGGAGAUAUUCAGAGCCUGCAAGUAUAUUACAGAUAAGGAUCAGAGACUGCAGACAUACU